AUGAGACAGUUCUUGCCUUAUCAUCAGAUUCCGACGGAUUCCGCCACGGCAUGUAUUAUAUUUGCUGGCAUCGGUAAAGGCGCAGAAAGGUUGCUCGGUCAUUACAUCUCCUGCUGUGGAAGAAACGAGGUCUUCGAUCCAGUGGAAGUCCAUCUUGUCCUGCUGAGCAGUGUUACAGCCACCUGGCGGCCGUACAUGGGAUAUCUCGACAAGGAAGUGAGCACUCAAGCCGACCGUGCGAUAUUGACCGACCUUAACGGUGAUGGGGUUGAAAUGACGCAACUGGAGGAGCGACAGUACUUGAAACAGCUUGAAGAUGCUCUUGACGAGGCAGCAGCGAUUCUUGAACAUACGACAGAUACGGCUGAUACAGUGCACAAGAGCUUCAUGCCCGCCUGGCCGAAUAUCACACGAAAUAUUCCAUUCGAGAUACUUGAUCAUGGCUUCCAAGAAGUCAUCCAAGGGCUUAGACACUACGGCACACAGACGGAAACUCUACGAAACAAGGUCAAAAGCGCUUCUGACUUGGUAACAUAUUUUUCCUGGUACUUUCGACGUGGUCCGUUGCUAACAUCCUAG